AUGAAUUUCAUCUGUAUCCUUUUUCCAGCAAGUUUUCUACUUGUUUCAAGCAAGCAAGUAGUUAUAUCUAAUGUUAUUCCACGAUUAGAUGCAAAUGGAUCCUAUGUAGAUGCACAUGAUGGUUGUUUAGUUAAAUGCAAUAAUACUUAUUUCAUGUAUGGUACAGUUUACGAUAAUUGUCAUCAAGCAACAACCAUUUGUGAUGCUGUAUGUGGUUAUUUGAACAAUACGUUUGCAUUAUACAUUUCAACAGAUCUCGUCAAUUGGACAUUGAGUAGUAAUAAUGUUUUUCCUGAAGUCACUACAGAUCAUAACUACACUAAUUAUUGGAUGCCAAAUGUUGGUUAUAAUCGUCAUACUAACCAAUAUGUUAUGAUCUACUGGUCAAGCAAAUAUGGAUUUAAAAAUUCGAUGGUUGCUCUUGCUGUUUCUUCAACACCUUUUGGUCCUUUCGUGAAUGUUCUACCUUUAGUGAUGCAAGAAGGAACAGUAAUCAGUAGUACUACUGGUCUAUUCGUUGAUGAUGAUAAUACACGUGAUUCACCUUUGAGACAUGUAAUAGAAAAACUUUCACCAGAUUGGAUGACAAGUACAGGGCAAUUUUCUAUUAUUUUUGAGAAAGAAGAUUAUCUAUGA